AUGCCAACUAAGAACACCGCGGACCAGCAUGCAGCGCUUGGUCUGUCAUUCACGGCACUCUGCUCCGUGUUAAAAGCCGUCGAGUCCACGAGCAAAAGUGAUAAGAAGCUGGAAUUGUUAUUUAGUGCCAACUUACGCGCUCAAGUUGGGGAGGGCGAUUUGUACCCGCUUAUUCGCUUGGUGUUGCCUCAAUUGGACCGAGAUCGGACGUAUAUGCUCAAGGAGAAGAAGAUUGCCAAGAUUUACAUUCAAGUAUUGGGACUGGCUCCUAUUAGUAAAGAUGCUCAGAAGUUGGAGCACUUUAACGAUCCCAAGAUCGUUGACAGCAAGUCAGUAGGGGACUUUGCAGCUGUGCUCUACGAGGUCGUGCUUUACCGUAGUGGGACAAGUAAAUCCAAGCUGAAGCACACAAUUCAAGAUGUAAAUGAGCUGCUGGAUUCUUUAGUUCAAGCUGAUAGCAAUACCGCAAGGAAGAAAGUCUUUAUGAAGCUGGCAACCGAGUACACUGCAGAGGAGCAGAAGUGGAUCAUUCGUGUGGUACUUAAGGAUCUCAAGAUUGGACUGAGACAUGAACGGGUGCUACAGUUUAUUCACCCAGAUGCUAUGGAAAUGUACAAUCAUACGAAUGACCUGCACAAGGUUUGUACAGAUUUACGCAACUCGGCUGUGAGAUAUGUGCCUCAACUGGAACCGUUUCAAGUCUUUACACCGAUGCUCGCGAAGCGAGUGAAUUUUGGAGAAUGCAUCAGCGCCAUUAACGAUGAUGUAUUUGUGGUGGAGCCCAAACUAGAUGGAGAGCGGAUCACGUGUCAUGUGCAAGGGAAAGAAGUGCAGUUCAUUUCGAGGAACGGGACGAACUACACGGAAAACUAUGGGCCGUCAGUUAAACCACAUGUGUUGUCCCAAUUGGAGCCUGGAGUGGAUUGUAUUUUGGAUGGAGAGAUGAUGGUGUGGGACAAUAAUGAGUAUCGGCUCCGUGAAUUCGGACUGUUGAAGAACACUGCCAACGCUGCGCGCAAGGGAGAAGCAACGAACCGAUGGUUAUGCUAUGUUGUAUGGGACGUGGUUUACCUCGGCGGAGGUCCGAAAGCGAAACAACUGAUACGGGAGGUUUUUAAAGGUCCUGGUGAAAUUAGUACCGUGAUGGGGUUACCGCUUCAUGCUCGACGAAAAUUGUUGCUCCGAAUACUUAAACCGCUGGAUCACCGGAUCAUUAUUAACGAGCAGAAGCUCAUCAAUGACAAGUCAGCAAAAGAUAGGCAUGAAAAAGUCAUGGCUGAGGUAGAUCGGCAGGUAUCAAAUGGAGGUGAGGGGGUGAUUAUGAAAAAUUUGAACGCGCAUUAUAUGUGUGGAGAAAGCAGUAGGAAGGCGAAGAAAUGGCUGAAACUGAAGCCAGAUUACGCAGGCAUGACGACAGAUCUGGAUGCUAUCAUUGUUGGCGGAUUUUAUGGUACUGGGCGGCGUCGUAGUGGAAAUGUGUCGGUAUUCCUUCUUGGUGUACUUGCACGCUCGUUAGAUGAGAGAGAGGCAGCUGAAGCAAUGAAGCUAGGUGCUCCAUGUCCAGGGGUAUACACAUUCGCUAAAGUUGGUACUGGAUAUAACCUGGAUGAGCUGGACCAAAUGCGUCAAGAGUUGGAACCGUACUGGCAGCCAUGGGACGACGACAAUAUUCCAUCGCACUUGAACGGUUGGAAACCACAAAAAAGUGAUCUGAGGCCUGAUGUUUGGAUCGACCCACGACACUCGAAGAUUCUUGAAGUGUACGGAUUUGAGCUGUCAUUUUCAACUCUGUACCAGACUGGACUUACUAUCCGAUUCCCUCGAUGCAAGGCAAUACGAAAUGACAAGGAGUGGUACCAGUGCAUUGAUCUUCAAGAUCUCAAUGCUGCUCGUGGAAGUCUUUCGACGAAGCGAGCGUCAGAGGUAGCUUUUGGACAGAAGAGUACUACAAAACGUGUUAAGAAACGCACGACAAUUUCAGCUCGUCGUCCUAGUGGCGUCCUUCAAGGAUACUCCCGAGCGGACCUGAAUGGUAUUGAACAAGAACGGAACGUGUUUGAAGGAAAGGAGUUUUGCGUGCUACCCGGAAAAUACGAAACGCCUCCACCGAAUAUUGCUUCGACAAUCCCUGACGGUAUCGUCGACGAGCAUGCUAAGCAAUUAUCAAAGCAGACUGUUGAAAAGCUGGUACACUCUUUCGGAGGUAACAUUGUGCAGAACCCAAUCGAAAGCACAGAUUACGUCGUGGCGGCUGGAGAUGCUGGGUUCAAGGUAGUUAAUUUGAAGAAGCAAGGCUUGUACAACAUCGUGCACAUCCGGUGGAUAUUUAAGUGCGUGGCUGCUUCACGGCUGGUGUCACUGAAGGCAAGCGAUUUUGUGUUUGCAACAGCUUUACAACGAGAAAUUCUUGCCAGGGAGUAUGACCGCUACGGAGACCAUUUCACAGAGCAUGUAAAUCCAGAAGAAUUGAAACGCAUUAUGCGAGAGGUUUGUGUGAAUGUUGGAAAAGAACAAGAGGUUUCGCGCUGGCAAAUCCAGAUACAAGACUUGACGAUGGAAGAAGCGGAAGCGAUGGAUUGUCCAUUUACUUUCUUGUCCCAUUGUGUGGUGUAUUUCCAGCACUGCAUACGUCCAGACGGUUCGUUUUCUGCCGCAAACACCAUCACGGCUGGAGAGACAAUGUUUCUAGAACAACAACUUAGGCUGUACGGAGGGACAGUUGCGCACGAAAUUGAUUCCUGUGUUACACACAUCGUUAUCGAGACGGCUUCUCAUCAAAGCCAAAAGGACCGACUUUUGCCGGCCAUUCGGAACUUGCGCCACCACGGUCUACCAGAACCUCGAGUUGUUACGACGGAGUGGAUCAAGCAAAGUGUGGAGCAGCAAAUUCAGCUUCCCGAUGACGAUUUCGUUGUGCAUAUUUAG